AUGUCCGACACCACAACCAUGGCAGCCCCAUCCAACCUCACCGAGAACGACCGCAAGUUGCUAGUCAACGCCUGGAAUUGCUUCAAGACCACCCCAUCCGUCGACAACACACGCCUCCAAACCAUGGGCAACUACAAAACUCCCGCCAGCGCGACAGCCUGCUACCUCGCGGCGCGCAAAAAAAUGCUCAACGCCGACGGCGCGAAAAUGAUCGACAACGACCGCAAACUCAUCGUCAUGGCGUGGCAGUGCUUCCGAGCGCCGCCGUAG